AUGUGUACGCUCUUAGACCUGACUCUGGUGGCGCUCCUAGCGGUCAGCGUGGGUACUAUCAAAGCAAGUGUAACCGUUAAGAAGUGCUGCUCUGAGUUCAAGAUGCUCUCCGGAGACUUGAGAACGUGUGUGCCAACUGAUUGGCCUCGAAAUGUGUCCUUACAUCGCAGUUAUUACACAAUACUUCCACCGCUGGACGAAGAGUGGCUGCGGUUCUGGCUCCCCCCCGGCGUAACAAGGCAAAGCAUCGGCAAAGUUGAACUUCGUAGUUCGCCAAUAAAUUUGUAUAAUUUUCCUGUAAACACAUCGUCUGUGUGGGAUAAAAGGAGGCCUCUCGACGCAGACAUGUUGAGAAAUCGCGCGGUCUUCCUACAAGAGACCAUAGUGAGGCCCAAGCCAGGAGGAGGGUACCGACUAGCCUUUUACUACUGCAUCGACGCGGCAUUACCGCCUCAGGAGGCCUUCGUAAUCACGUGGAGGCCGUCAUGCUCUCUCGAUGAAUGCGCCACCAAGUGCUGCGAGCGCGGACAAGUGCUGGCGAGUCAGCAAGGCAACUGGGAGUGUGAGGAGGGUGGUCUGAGCGACUGGGAUGCGCAGAACGCCUCUUUCGCACAGGACAUUGACUCUGAGUUUCCCCAGAGCGAGCCGCUCAGCUGCCCUACCCUCCGACUGGGGGCCCCCGAAGACCGCGCAGCCCCAUGGGCGCGCUCCGCCUACAGGGUGAACCUCUUCUCCAACUGGAAGCCGUGCUUCGACUUCUACCGCAGCAACGGCACCUUGCAGGAAGGACUGUUCUACUGCGAGUAUCCGCGGGUGGCGCGAGGCCUGUACUGGCUGCUGCGACCGCUUAGCGUGGUCUCGGUUCUGCUACUGGCCUGUUCGUUGUGCUCCAUCGCAUGCGACCGGAGCAUGCGACAGAAGGCGCACGGAUGGUGCCUGGCACUCCACGCGUCGUGUCUGCUAGCCUUCAAUGUGGGCCAGGUGGUGUACUUCUUGGCCAUCAGUGACACUAUUGACGCCCGGCGCAAAAUAAAACCUGCUGUUUGGAAAAUGUGCAGACAUCUUGCUCUCUCGAUGUAUUUUCUGCUGACUGCUGCCUGGUUCUGGCUCACUGCACUCUGUCUGAAUAUGGCUAGUGGUUUCAGGUAA